AUGGAACAGACAGAAGGGAAUCCCUCUGAGGAUGGAACCACUGUCUCUCCAACUGCAGGGAAUCUUGGGACACCUGGAUGUCAAGGCACGGCAGAAGAGGUGGCCAAAGACACAGUUGGGACAAGUGACAAAGGAGGUCCUCCAGAUGGGGCAGCACAUCCGUGCGAAGCAGCAUCUGAGGGUGUCCUGUCAGGGGAACGGCCCGGCGAAGCAAAUGUGUUAGAUGACCUCAAGGCAGACACGCAAGGGGAGGCCAGUGGGAAAGAGGAAGCCAAGGCUGACCUUACAGAGGAGGACAGUCGGGAGGAAGCCACCACUGUGGCUUCUCAGGAAGAUGCUGACAAGAAGGAAGAAACAAAACCUGAACCCAGUGAGGUUAAUGGAAAAGAGGAGGCCGCACUGGCCUCGAAGAAGCAGGAGGCUGAUGAGAAAGAGACCAAUCUGGAAUCUAAGGAGAAAUUGGAUGUGAAUGAUAAGGCCAAGCCUGAACCCAAGGAGGAUGCCAGGGCAGAGGUUGCUGUCAAAGAGGCUGAAAAUGAGUCUCAGAACAAAGCUGAUGUGAAAGACCAGGAUGAGGCCGAGCUUCAGGAAGUUGACGGAAAAGAGAUCAAAAGUGACACAAAGGAGCUGGUGGAGCCAGGGAGUCCUACUGAAGAGCGGGAGCAGGGUAAGGAAAAUGAAGCAGAAGAAAGAGCCGAGGUGAUUCCCAGCUCCCCCGAGGAGUGGCCUGAGAGCCCCACAGAUGAGGGACCCAGCCUCAGCCCAGAAGGUUUGGGUCCGGACUCCACAGCAUCUGCGGAGACCAGUCCUUCAGCCAGUGAGUCUUCGCCCACUGAGGUGCCGCAGAGCCCCACAGAGCCUCUACCCUCGGAGGAAAAGAAGGAACGGACACCAGAACGCAGGGUGUCGGCCUCUACCCGGCCACGGGGACCCCGCGCGCAGAAUCGGAAAGCCAUCAUGGACAAGUUUGGAGGGGCAGCCUCCGGCCCCACUGCGCUGUUCCGGAACACGAAGGCAGCCGGGGCAGCCGUUGGUAGUGUUAAGAACAUGCUUUUGGAGUGGUGCCGGGCCAUGACGAGAAACUACGAGCACGUGGACAUCCAGAACUUCUCCUCCAGUUGGAGCAGCGGCAUGGCCUUCUGCGCCCUCAUCCACAAGUUCUUCCCAGAUGCCUUCGACUACGCAGAGCUGGACCCAACGAAGCGCCGGCACAACUUCACUCUAGCCUUCUCCACUGCCGAGAAACUAGCCGACUGUGCGCAGCUGCUGGAGGUGGACGACAUGGUGCGGCUGGCAGUGCCCGAUUCCAAGUGUGUCUACACCUACAUCCAGGAGCUGUACCGUAGCCUCGUGCAGAAAGGGCUGGUGAAGACGAAAAAGAAGUAAACGGCAAAGCCGUGCAGGUGGAGGAUGCGGGGA